UCGUCUAUCAUUUUGAGAAUUUUGCUCAGAUAUUGUGUUCAUUACAUUCGAUGAUUUGUUUGUGUAUUGUGUAGCAGACCAUUGUUGUGAGAGAGAAAAAAAAACGAUGAAAAAAUUACCAACUGAUACUGAUGUGAAUAUCGAAUUAUUUCAAGAUGAUUUCAAAGAUAUUGAUCACAAAUUUAUUGGAAACAUUGUUUCCAUUUUUAAAAUAACCAAUGAAAAUUGGAAGAAAAUUGGUUUUCUAUGCAUCACUAACAAUGCAACUUAUGCUUAUGGUGAAGAAAUAUGCAGAUGGUUAUCGUUAAAACAUGAUCCCAAACGACCACAACAAAUUGGCAUUUUGAAUGACAAGAAAAUUAUUCAAAUCGAUUCGGGCAAUGAAUUUGUUGUCGUUCUAACUGAUGAUGGAUUAGUCUAUAUAGCCAGUAGUGAGACAAGAUGGCAAACGAACAAUACUUUUCGAUUGAUUUCCACCGGUAAUGAUCGUUUUGAAAUGAUAGCAUGUGGACAAUUUCAUUUGUUAUUGUUACGACAAGAUGGUACUGUUUUAGCUAUGGGAUGUAAUUCUAAAGGUCAAUUAACAGGAAAUUCAGAUUCAUCGUACAAGAUUUUCGUAAAAACCGGUUUGAAAAAUGUUAAAAUAAUAGCUUGUGGAUUUGGCCAUUGUUUUGCUUUAACGAAUAAAAAUAAACUUUAUUCAUGGGGUUGGAAUUGUAGUGUGUCAUGA